AUGGCAGAAAUAAAUAUCUUAGGAUGGGCCGAUUAUUUAGUUAUAACAGUGAUGCUGUCCAUAAGUGCUGGAAUUGGUAUAUAUUACAGAUUUACCGGAGGUCGUCAGAAAACUAUGGAGGAGUACUUUAUCGCAAGUCGAUCGAUGAGUAUUUUACCAGUCGCCAUCGCUCUAGUGGUAUCCUUCAUGUCUGCCGUUACGUUGCUCGGAGUGUCCGCUGAGAAUUACACAUACGGGACACAAUUUGUUACGAUAAAUUUAGCUUAUCUGAUAGGCACUCCGAUUGUAUGCUACGGAUUUCUACCAGUAUUCUUCAAACUUCAAGCGACGAGUGCCUACGAGUACUUGGAAAGACGUUUCGGAAUAAAGGCUAGAAUGAUGGCUAGUUUCAUUUACUGGAUUCAACUGCUUUUAUACUCAGGAGUGGUACUUUAUGCUCCAUCUCUAGCUUUGGAAGCGACAACAGGAAUGUCUAAGACCGCUAGUAUUAUUAUCAUCGGCCUCGUAUGUGCCUUUUACUCGAGCAUAGGCGGCAUUAAGGCUGUACUGAUAACCGAUGUCUUUCAAGGUUUGCUCAUGUUUGUCGCGGUAUUCUUGAUUAUUGGCACGGCCGCGAGAGAUGCUGGGGGAUUAGGACAGAUCUGGGAAAUUGCUAAGCAGGGACAACGGCUCGAGUUUGAUAGCAUUUCUCCGGAUCCAACAGUGAGGCAUACUUGGUGGUCUCUUACUUUUGGCGGUUUAUGCACGUUUUUAUCACUUUACGGAGUGAAUCAAGUGCAGAUACAGCGUAUGCUGACUUUGAAAAAUAUACAAGCUUCGCGAACAGCCAUGUGGCUGUCCUGGCCCAUUCUGACACUUCUCUCGUUUACGACCUGUUUCUCAGGAUUGGCUAUAUAUAGUAGAUAUCACAAUUGCGAUCCAUUCCUGCAGAAAAGAAUUACUUCGCCCGACAUGCUUAUGCCGCUGUAUGUUAUGGAUACAAUGUCCAAUAUACCUGGCUUACCGGGUCUCUUCGUCGCAGGUAUUUUUAGCGCAGGCCUUAGCACAAUUUCUGCGGCGCUAAAUUCUUUGGCAGCAGUAACGUUAGAAGAUUAUGUGAAACCCAUAUAUAGAAACUGCAUCGGGGGUGAAUUCUCCGUUACAAAAUCAACUACCAUCGCUAAGAUACUUGCUCUUACAUUCGGCAUCGUUUCUAUCGCGUUGGCAUUUUUAGCGCAAUUUUUGGGCGGUCUACUUCAAGCUUCCUUAACUAUUUUCGGAGUAGUCGGCGGUCCAUUGUUAGGCAUUUUCACGCUCGGCAUGGGCACGGAAUCGGCGACGGAAGAAGGUACGAUAAUCGGUGCUCUCACAGCAUUUUCAUUUUUAUUCUGGAUCGUUUUCGGCCAGCCACGCCCAAUACCACCUAAAUUGCUGACAACUAUCGAAGGCUGUAAUAAUACUCUUGCAAACGCAACGAUAUCCGUUUUGCGGAACGUCACGAAUUUGUCCAAGAGCACUGGUGACAGUUCGUACUUUUAUUUAUAUCGCAUUUCGUACAUGUGGUACUCUCCUCUUGGAUUCUUAAUAACGUUUGUAAUUGGAUUGCUCGUCAGCAAUCUAUUUCGUUUGUUUAGGAAAACUCAGAACGAUGAGUUAGACACUAAUUUAUUUUUUCCCGUGGUAGCACGGCGUAUACUUUACAGACGUCGUAAUGAUGCGGAGGACGAAGCGGGUAAUUAUCCGUUAGACAGAAAGUAUUCUUUUAGCGAUGUAGUGGUUCACGAAAACGAUGCCGUCGAUAAAAUAUGUACCAAACUUUAACAAUUCAAUUGUAACACUAGAUUGAUAAGUAGAUAAAACAUUCCGUACUUAUGACAGAGACAACCUGCGCCAGAAUUGUAGGAAAGAUCAAGUAUUUUUACAUUCUUUAGAAUCCGAAUGAAAAUUGCAAUAAUUUUAAGAAAUUGGUUUAAUUGAUUGAGAAAUUUCUUAGCAAAUUUUAUUUAUAAUUUAUAAUUAAGGACAAAGAUGAUUCUCAUUAUUCUUAUGAGAAUAAUGUUUAUGCAUAGGAGCAUAAUCUAUUUGUUAUCAUUUUUAAGAUAAAUCGUUAUUUGUAUGUUGAAUUGUAACAAAUGCUGAGUCUUCCAUGUCGCAUUUGGCACUGCCAAUUUUUGCUGUCUGAAACAGAUAAAUUUGUUUGCUAGAUGUUUGAAGAAGACGUUUUAUGUAAAAAUUGAACUGCGGUUGAACAUAUCUUCGAGUAUGUACAUAAUAACUUCAGUUCCUAUUAUAUGCGUAAUUUUUGUAUUUGAAGAAAAUUUACCUCUUAUAGAGAUAAUAAUUGACAAUAUUUAGUAAUGUAAAAUGAAGAAAUGUAUAAUAGAAAAAACUAGGUUUAAAGUAUCACGUAUGUGAUCGAGAGCAGCUGUAAUAAUAUUUCUGGGAAAAAGAAAUGAAAAUAUAAUCGACUAUAAUUAUAUAGUUAUUUAUAUGUGAUUAUUUGAAUAUUUGUUUAUUAACAAAUGUUUAGAUGAUAUACAACUGUCAGGCAGCUCCAGGUAUUUAGGAAGAAUUGUUUUUUAUUGAAUGUUUUAAUAGUAUAGUUUCAAUAGUAUUUUGAGAUUUUUUUUAGAUUUUAUAUACUAAGAAAGAAUUCGAAUAUAUUAGUGAUGUAAAAAAAAUUUGAGAAAGAUAUGUACUAUUUAUAAAUUUUUAAAGUAUAGCUAUUAUAAAGUUAUAGUUUAGUAAAUUAUAUUUCAUAUGAAAUGUCUAUCAAUCUUUAGUUUAAAAUUUCUUCAAUAUAACGAUGUGAUUGAUAUACAUACUUAAAUAUUUUAGAAAUCAAUUGAUUUUAUAUAUAUAAUUUAUAUAAUAAUUUAUAAAUAUGUACAAUGGUAUGUAUCAAGAGUUCAGUAUUUGUCUAAAUAUAUAGUUUUUGUGUUAAA